CUUUGCCAAGUAACAGUAACCAGCUAAUUUAGCGAUCUAGCUAUAGUACUCGUUUAGCUAGUUAACGUUAGUUAAUUUUCAAACUCAUUUUUACCUGUAAUUAAAUCACAUGGGUCUUUGUUAGCCGCUAGCUAGCAAUGCUAAUUUACGGUUAAAGUAGACUUACAGAUGGGAGCUGGCGGGUGUUGCUAGUCUAGACAUCGUUAUUUUCUAUUUGAAGCCGCUAAACCAGACAUACCACUUGCCAUGCAGUGGCAUGCUUGCCUGGUUAUCAUUUUAACUGCAUCAUUGUGAUCAUCUAGCCAAUUGGCUUGCUACCAUGUUUAAUGACAUAUUUGUUAGCAAUAGAACCACAGUAGCUCUCAAACUCUAGGCAGCAUUCUGCGUUCUUCUACAGUUCUCAGCGAUUAGCUUCGCCCACGAAUGGAUAAUAAUGUGAAGUACAGUCUCGAUGCUGUGUUUUAACGUUUAGAAACGUCAAUAGUCAUGGCUUUCAUCACCGAUAAGGAAUCCUUCAAAUAAAACGGAUACAAUUUCUGUAACAGUAAUGCACAGAUCCAUACAGCUGUAGGGUGGACUUCCUGAGUUACGUUUACACACAAGUGUUCAGAGUAGGCUAAUUAGCACAGGUGAUGUGAUGUGAUGUCUUCUGUCUGUUUUCUGUAUAUAAGGUCUGUAACAUGGACAUAUGGCCUUGUGGGAACUCUAACCCUAUCAAGGCCACAUCACCCCUAACCCCCCACACCCUUUUUAAUCCAGAAUAUCAACACAACAAAGAUGGAGCUCCAUGCCCACUGCCUGAACUGUGUGAACCGGAGGUGUAUGAUUCGCACAGAGACUGGUAUGUCCUGUGAUCUCAUUGGCUGUCCUCUUGUCUGUGGGGCAGUCUUCCACUCCUGUAAAGAGGAGGAGCAUCAUUUACUAUGCCCGUUUGAAAGAGUGCCAUGCCUCAACACUGGAUUUGGGUGCCCUUUCACUAUCCCCCGGAUUAAGAUGGCUAAACACCUAGAGACGUGCCCGGCCAGUGUGGUGUGUUGCACCAUGGAGUGGAACCGUUGGCCUGUGAGCUAUUCAGACAGGAAGUCCUAUGAGCAUUUGAGCAAUGUUGAAGUGGUGGAGCAGCUAGACAUGGCCCUGGCUCUGCAAGAUCAGAGGAUGCUACUGGAGUCUCUUAGAGUCACCACCAACACGUCAAAGAACAGGUCUAGUAAAUCGGCUGAGGAAACGUGUUACAAGAUCGCUGAUGUAAUGUCAAGUGUACCAGAGACUGACAUUAGUAAUGGAACGGUUGAAAUGGAUGAGGCUGCUGCUUUGACUAAUGGAGUGGUUGAAAUGGAAGAUGAUGAUGAGUCUUAUAGUGAGGUACACAAAAUAAAGUUAGCAGCUACCUUGGCCGUCCUCAGAACUGCCAAGGACAUAGACUUGAUCAGUGUAAAUGUUGAGAACGGUGAGAGAGAAGGGGUUCUCCAUAGGGGAGAGGACAGCGAUAAUGAUUUGAAGAAUGUAGAGAUGAAGGCAAGUGACACAGAGUCGGGCUGUGAGCUUGGAGCAGUGGGCGGAGUCGGAGUGGACUGUGGAUUUGGAACAGACGGGCAGGGAGAUGAGAGCAAUUGGAUAGAGUCUCCAGAGGAAGUGGAGAAGGACCAUGUGAUGGGUCUUGCUGAGGUGGGUUGUCCUCCUCUCAGUAAUGGUUUCAACCAUGCAGGAGACAACCAAAAUCGCUUGCGACAGCGUGAGUGGAUGGAUCUGAGCAGAUCUCCACCCAGACGCUCUGAAGUCAACAGGUCUUCAGACUUCAGGCUGGUGAUGCCUUAUCUCUCCAUGCCUAAUAUAGUAGCACCCCUGGAGACCUCUGGGCCCCACCCUCCACCACUACCCAUCCACCUGCCUCUUCCCAUGCCUCUCCCUAAUCUGGAGCCGUACAACAUGCUCCAGCAUCUGCCCUUGGAGAUAGAAGACAGGUGGCUGGAGAGGAAACUUCAGAACCUUCAGGUGCUCAGAGGGAUGAGUGUGUUUACAUUUAACGGGCGCAGGGCUCUGAUGUCUGACCCCUAUCUGUUCAGAGCCAAAAUGGAGGACAAGUCAGUGGACACCUCAGACCUGGAGGUAACUGACGAUCCAUUGGGGCUCCAUGGAAUCGACCUGAUCACGGCAGCACUGCUCUUCUGUCUGGGGGACUCCCCUGGGGGCCGCAGCAUCUCAGACAGCAGGUUUGUAGACGGCUACCACGUCGACUUUGGUACCCAGACUUUCUCCUUCCCCUCGGCUAUACUGGCCACUAACACCAUGGUGGGGGACAUCGCCUCAGCGUCGGCCUGUGAUCACGCCAGCCCUCAGCUCUCUAACCCCAGCCCCUUCCACUCUCUCCGGCUGGACCUGGUUCUGGAGUGCGUGGCCCGUUACCAGACCAAGCAGCGCACCAUGUUCACCUUCGUGUGUGGACAGCUGUUCCGCAGGGACGAGUUCUCUUCGCAUUUCAAAAACGUUCACGGGGACAUCCACGCCGGCCUGAACGGCUGGCUGGAGCACCGCUGUCCCCUGGCCUACUACGGCUGCACCUACUCCCAGAGACGCUUCUGUCCCUCUGUUCAGGGCUCCAGGAUCAUCCAUGACAGACACCUGGGCUCGUUUGGGGUGCGGCCCGACAUGCCUCCCCAGUACGGCGAUAAAACCCUCCCCAGGAAUGCCUGUCGGUUCGGGUCCACCUGCGACCACCUGAGCUCCUUGCCCUUCGAGCUGCAACAGUAUGUGGCCAGUUUCCUGGAUGGCUUCAGCCUGUGCCAGUUUUCCAGGGUCUCUCGGACAAUGAGGGAUGUGUGUGGCAGUUUACUGCAGUCCAGAGGCAUGGUGGUGCUGCUCUGGGAGAACACACGAAGGCCUGAUGGGUCAUCCUCAUGGCAGAUCCAAAACAAGGUGUGGCGAUUUAGCACAGCCUUCGGUACAGUGAAGGAGUGGAAGUUUGCCAACAUCACCAGUAUGGCCGACCAUCUGAAGAAGUGCAAGUUUAACACCAUCACCUGUCGGGACGAGGCCAUCCCUCUGCCCUGUAUGUGCUUAUCCAGAGAGCUCACCAAAGAGGGACGCUCACUGCGCUCAGUCCUCAAGCCGGUAUUAUGAGUAACCCUAUAAAAGGGUUGGAGUCCAUGGGUAUUAAAAGUAGUGCACUAUGUAAGUGUUAGGGUACUAUUAUGGACGUUGCUCUCUUCAAUCAAUUCAGUAAGUUCUUACAGAAGUACUCCCAGGAUUCACUGCUCCAUGAUAAGCAAAUACAAAAUGCUGCUAUCGUUCUCUUCCGGUCUUGACAGGAAAAAAAACUGAAUUGUUUUCAACCUAUUUGAUAUGCAUACACGCGGAGUGGACAAAACCUGCUCUUUCCAUGACCGACUGACCAGGUGAAUUCAGGUAAAAGCUAUGAUCCCUUAUUGAUGUCACCUGUUAAAUCCUCUUCAAUCAGUGUAGAUGAAGGGGAGGAGACAGGUGAAAUAAUGAUUUUUAAUCCUUGAGACAUGGAUUGUGUAUGUGUGUCAUUCAGAGGGUGAAAGGGGCAAGACAAAAUAUUUAAGUGCCUUUGAACGUGGUAUGGUAGGUGCCAGACGCACCGGUAUGAUUGUGUCAAGAACUGCAGCGCUGCUGGGUUUUUCACACUCAACAGUUUCCUGUGUGUAUCAAUAAUGGUCCUCUACCCAAAGGACAUCCAGCCGACUUGACACAACUGUGGGGAGCAUUGGAGUCGACAUUGGCCAGCAUCCCUGUGGAACACUUUCAACACGUUGUAGAGUCCAUGUCCUGAUGAAUUGACUGUUCUUGGGGGGCGGCGCAACGCAACUCAAUAUUAUGAAGGUGUUCUUAAUGUUUUGUGCACUGUAUAUAUUCUUGUUACCAAUGUACUGAAUAGAUUAUUUAACUUUUACAUACUCUGUCAAUGUGUAAAUAAAACAUAUUUUUGACAUUA